UUGCUAUAUUAUUAUUAUUUAGAGCAUUUGGUUGAGGCAACAUCAAAAAACCCUUUUGCUCUCCCUCUGUCUCUGCGAAAGGGGGUUUUCUACUCGAGAGCCUGCUGAACAAUUAGCUGCCUGCAGUUUCAAAUCAGAAAGGGAGAAGAUAUAUCUAAUCUGCUGGCAAGAUGAACGACCUGAUGACCAAAUCAUUCACCAGCUACGUCGAUCUAAAGAGGCAGGCUCUGCAAGAUCUGGAAGCUGGUCCUGAUGAGAUCGAGAUGGCAACCCAGGCCGCCAGCAGCAACAGUGCAAUUGACCGAAACCUCAGCCUCUUCUUGGAGGAUGCCAAUAAGGUGAAGGAAGCGAUGGGUUCCAUCCGAGACAUCCUUGUGAGGCUACAGGAAUCAAAUGAGGAGAGCAAAUCCCUCCACAACCCUGAGGCCCUCAAAGCCCUUCGAAACAACAUCAAUCAAGAUAUUAUUGCAGUCUUGAAAAAGGCGAGAAUGAUUAGAGCCCAGUUGGAGGAGAUGGACCGGGCCAACGCCGCCAAUAGGAGGCUCUCAGGGUACAAAGAGGGUACUCCAAUAGACCGCACGAGAACAUCGGUGACAAACGGGCUACGGAGGAAGCUCAAGGAUCUGAUGCUGGAUUUCCAGUGUCUGAGACAGAAAACGAUGGCGGAGUACAAAGAGACAGUGGAGAGACGGUACUUCACGGUGAUGGGGGAGUAUCCAGAAGAGGAGGUGAUAGAGAAGAUAAUAUCGAAUGGGGACAGUGAGAAUUUUCUGCAGAAGGCAAUAUCAGAGCAUGGGAGGGGGAAGGUGCUGGAAACGGUGAGUGAGAUUCAGGAUAGGUAUGAUGCGGCAAAGGAGUUGGAGAAGAGCCUGGUUGAGCUUCACCAGAUUUUCCUAGACAUGGCGGUGAUGGUGGAGACUCAAGGAGAACAGAUGGAUGACAUCGAGCAUCAUGUGAUCAACGCAUCACAUUAUGUGGCAGAUGGGACCCAAAAACUGAAGAAUGCAAAGGAGUAUCAAAGAAGUAGCAGGAAAUGGAUGUGCAUUGGGUUGGUGCUGCUGUUACUCCUCAUUCUGGUCAUUAUCAUCCCCAUUGCUACAAGCCUUUCUCAUUCUUAGUUGUGGCUGCCUUUAUUUAAUUUAAUUUUUUUAUUUUUAUUUUUUGUUUUUGUUGUUUGGUGUGUCCUUGGAUUCCUUUUUAUUUGUUAUGCACCAUCAUUUCUGUGUAGAUGUGUUCAAGCUCCUUCUUUGGAGUUUAUGAGACAAGCAUUUAAUGAGUGAAUUUUUCUCUC